CAAACAAAAAAAUGUUAAGAGCAAAAAAGGCCUAUUUCAACACGCUCCUGUAAAAUACAAGAUUAACUCGUCCAAAGAAAAAUGUAUUGGGAAAACACCUGUUAAAAUAAGUGGAUUGAGAACAUGUGUUAAUAGCACCCCACGAAAAAGGAACAUUGAACAAGAUGUCCUGAAAAAUGCAGUGUGUUAAAACCGACGAUAUUUGGUCCUUAAAAAGUAAUUCGCAAAGUCAUUUAUCUAGUAUCAAAUUUCACACCAUGAGUUCAAUUCCCUGACCUUUGAUCCUGCCAGUGGUGUCAUUAAAAUUACUCUCUCCAUGAAGAGAGAAACCUCAUGUGCUAAAGUAUGAUUACACCCCCUCCUAACGGCACUCCCAAGAGACAUGCUUUCGUAGUACGCUAGCUUGUCGGAACGAUAGAAGUGAACAGUGAAGCAUCGUGGGUCCAACAUGAAGGAUACGCUCUUCUUCAAUGAACAGAAGCCGAACGGAUUUCCGGAUGAAGGCCUUAGUCAAGAGCUGAUGGGGCCCCAGUUUGCCAAGGAUGGAAAAGGUGACACCCAAAGCCUUGAUAGUGAGAGGAAUGCCCCGGAAGAAGGGGUGAAAUUGAAGGCUGAAAUGACUCUCCUGAACGGCUGCACUGUCAUUGUGGGUUGUAUUAUCGGUUCAGGGAUCUUCGUCUCACCCUCGGGAGUUUUGGUGUCCACCGGAUCCGUUAACUUGUCCUUGGUGGUGUGGACGAUAUGCGGGAUAUUCACCAUGUUCGGAGCGUAUUGUUACGCCGAAUUAGGAUGUAUGAUUCGUAAAUCGGGGGCGGAUUACGCCUACAUCCACGUCACAUUCGGCCCGUUUCUGGCUUUCAUCAGACUGUGGAUUGAAUGUAUCAUUGUCCGUCCGUGCACUGGAGCAAUCCAGUCACUAACCUUCGCAUUGUACAUCUUGAAGCCUUUCUUCCCUGAUUGUCAGCCUCCGGAUGAGGCCACGAGGCUUCUCGCCGCCACCUGUUUGUGUUUACUGUGCUUCAUCAAUUGCUACGAUGUCAAAUGGGCCAGCAAGGUCCAGGAUUACUUCACCUACGCCAAGGUGUUCGCACUCAUUAUUAUUGUCGUGACCGGAUUUGUCCAGUUGGGUCGGGGACAGACCCAAUAUUUUACGUGGGAUAACACGGAGACGGAUUUCACCGUGAUUGCGUCGUCAUUCUACUCGGGGUUGUUUGCCUACACGGGUUGGAACUACUUGAACUUCAUCAUUGAGGAGAUGAAAGAUCCCGUCCGAGAUCUUCCCCGCGCUAUUGGUAUCUCUUGCAUCAUCACCCUGGUCAUCUAUGUGCUUACCAUCGUUGCUUUUCACACGACACUGUCGCCAGCCGAGGUCUUGGGGUCCGAGGCUGUGGCCGUGACCUUUGCCAACCGCAUGUAUGGGGGAUUAGCUUGGAUCAUUCCAAUCUUUGUGGCUUGCUCUACCUUUGGGGCCGUCAAUGGAACCCUUCUGACCUCUUCUAGGCUGUUUUUCGCCGGAGCCCGUGAGGGUCAAAUGCCGCAGGUUCUCACCAUGAUCCAAACGAAGAAGAUGACUCCGGCCCCGUCAGUGAUGGUGAUCACUUUCCUUGCCCUGCUUUAUCUCAGUUCAUCCAAUAUCGGCAUGCUCAUGAACUACGUUGGCUUUGCCACGUGGCUUUCGAUAGGGGCAGCUGUAUUUUGCCUGCCUUAUCUUCGAUGGAGACAACCCAAAAUGGAGCGACCACUGAAGGUCCAUCUUGUUUUCCCCAUAGUGUAUCUCAUUCUCACAGCAAUCAUUACUGUCCUCCCGAUGAUGGCCAAGCCCGUGGAGACCGGGAUCGGAUUGCUGAUGAUCUUCACCGCCGUACCUGUCUACGCCUUCUUCAUUGGAUGGAAGAAUAAGCCCGCGUUUUUGGAUCGUUACACAUUUUAUGUCACCAACGUUUUACAAAAGCUUUUUGUGGUGGUGGCUCCAACGAGCUGAAACCCCACAAAUGUAUCACAGACCCUGUUUUGUAUCAAAAUAAUCCAUUCUUCCCACCAUGUCUUCUUGUAUAAAUACAGAAAACUCUGACCAUAA